GUCGGGGUCCAUGGUUCAUAGGUAGUUUCUUCAUCUCUGUCCAAUUACGAAAACCAACCCACGUACGAACAUAGCUCCAUCCUUCACUAAAUGAACCCCUGUCCACCGCUCAACUCCUUCCUGGGCCUCUGGGCCUCUGGGCCUUCAAACCCAUGUGGAUUUACAACCCAGCUUGAGCCUUUUUUGCACGACUGUUUUUGUUGAUUUCUAGCUCCCUCGGAUUUGUUUUCAACAUCGAUUAAACAAUUCGGUUUACCUUCGCGCCUCUACUAACACAAAUCAUAAUACGCCAACUACCACGAAUUAAAACUAAUCGGAGUUGGGAAAUCAACUGUUUUCAAUACUUAUUGUUUCGCGUGAAAAGAAACUCCUAACUUAGGAUUUUAUUACCGGCUUACACUCCCCUGCAACGCCACCGACCGAUUGACUUGGACGCACGAACGAAAGUCACGAUGGGGAGCUUUGAACCCCUCAUGGACUUCAAUCUACCGGAGCUUCUAGUUGGGGAUUUAGAAGAGUCGAAAGAUGUUUUCAAGUCGAGGCAAUUGACUGCUGGUGCGCCAGCUCCAUCGUUAGCCGGUGACGGAUCUAAGAGACGAUAUUCACUGCAGGACAGUUCGUUAAGCGCUGCUCAUUCGUCUAAUCUCCUAGACACGAUGUGGAAGGCCAAGUCACUGCAGAAUGUGAAUGAGACGCAAUCUCAUUUCUUUACCAUCCGCGGCGAGUCACACCGGAAUCGUAGCGAUUCCGAUUCGGCCAGUAGUGAAUCAUCUUGUGGAUUGAUGCCUCCAUCAAUCGGCACACGGGACGCAUCCAUCGCCACAACAGCCACGUCGGUUACUUCUGAGAGGUUGGGGCCACAAAAUCAAUUGAAGAAAUUAAGGCUUGUAAUACAAGAUAGAAAACAAGCCGGUCAAAGCUGGAUAGACCUAGAUGCCGAGGACCCAACUUCUCCGGAUCGAAGAUACAGUAUGAUUAACAUCCCGUCACCUGCUCAGUACUUGUCACUACGACAUGACCUAGAUGAAUCAAGGAGCAUGUCUUUAAACUCGGUUGUGCUGCGGCGUCCCAACUCAACUAGCUCUCCUCCAACCUCGCCAAAAGUCUCCUCAAAAUCAUCACCAAAAGCAUCCCCGAAAAUGUCGCCAGGUAGUGUUAAAUCUUCGGGUGCUGGCGAACAGCGAAACCGUGUUGGGUCGUCUUUGACAUGUCCUACCCCACCCCCAGAGCGACGUUCUUCUCUGAUGCACCGAAACUACCCUGUGCUUCCCAAGAUCAACGUCUCGCCCUCUCUACAAGUCUUGUCGAGUCAACCUUUGUCAACACAGCGUGAAGACGCGACAUCAUCUCCAGACCGCAAUAUGCCCUUAUUAGCUCCACUCCAACCGUCUCGUAAAAAGGCGGAUGAUGUUAGCAAUGAGCGUGAUGCUAGUAAAGCCGGCUUCCACUUACCAGAGGCGGACAUCGAAAGGGAUGAACCCGGACAAUACUCGCACGCGGAGAGUACUGAAUAUCCAGAAAUUGCCGCGGCUGGAGUCGAUGUUGAAUCCUGGUUAGAGUCUAGCGUUGACAACUUUCCCUACUACGCUCAGAAUAGAGCUGAUGGUGGGCAUAUGCCCCUACCGCUUCCGCCAGAUGUCAUUGAUACCCUUCGAAUAUCAAUAACAUGCUUCCCGGAAACAAUGCUUCAGUGUUCUAGCCUCUCUAUCGAGACCAUACGCGGCCACUCUAGGAAAUUGAGGUAUAAGUCCUCUAGUCCUGCAAGUAUAUAUGCGGAAUCGCCCGUUUCAGUAGACUCGUCAGACCAGUCAAAGCAGACGAAAUGGAAGUGGUUACCAAUGUUAAGACAGCAGUCAUCUCCUACGGAGGCGCCUACCAGCCCGCAGCGAACCGGGUUUGGGGAGAGUCUGGAACCAAAGUAUAGCCCGGUAUGGCCUAAGAAACCGGACUGGACCACAAUUCAAAACCUCUUCCCCUCCGGAUCUGAUUACCUCUGUGAUGCCCUCUACGCCCACCUCGUAGCGUACAACUACAUCACUUCGCUAUGUCCCCGCUCAGUGCUAAUCAAUACUACCACUUCGAGACCUACUUCCAAAUCCUCAACAACACCCUCGGAACUCAGUCUCGGCCUUUCAGUUGACCUCCGUACUUCAGUAGACAUACGCGCCUCUACGGACGGAGGCUCAAUCCCACGGAAAGCAGCAAAUUUACUCGGCCUGCAGGAGGAUCCGAAUGCACCGAUCCCCGAACCGCCUUCUUCACGAUGCAACACACUUCGCACCAAGCGAUCAUUCUUUACAGCGUCUAGAGUCCUCUCUUAUUAUGAAGUUAGUAGACCGACAACAGCCGCAGGUUCCUCCACUGGCCGCCGUAUUCCCCAACCUGAUCAGGGCGAGCAAGUGUUAAAAGAUUUACGGUUGGGACUGGCGAGAUGCAUCUCAAGACUUGUCGCUACGUUACGAACGACGAAUGGCAGCCGUACAGGUCCUGAUGGCGCGGGGCAAAUGAAGCGAGAAGAAGAUCCUGACUUUAUGCGAGCACUGUGCGAGAUCGUGCGCCUUUCUGAGGAGAGAUACAUGUAGCAUGAAUACGGCUACAGCGUCACGAGCCAUUUGAUUAAUCAACUACGCCUAUGCCCAUAUAUGAUGCCAUAUAUGAUGGACCAUGCAGCAAAGAUACCCUCACGAUAUAUAUAUAUAUAUAUAUAUAUAUAUUAAUACCCACGAAGCGAAGACACGAGAGACGGCUUUUCAACACUAGUGAUCCGC